AGCUGCCAGCCGACGCGAGAGACGCACCGCGACUCUGCUUGUAUUACGUUCUCGUUCUCCGGUCUCUUUAGCGCGUAGAGAGUUGUGUUUUCCGUGUGUUUAAUAUUUAUUAGAAAACUCCCCGCUCGCCGCCCCCUCCGACCACCCGCCACCCACACACACCCCCCACCCUCCCCCCUCGCCACCCCCGGCAGCCGCUGUUCUCAAUCGACGCUCGUAUGUCCGUAUAUCGGUGUAUUUCUCAUUUAUUUGGUAUUACUAUUUGAUAUUGAUAUCGAUAUUGUUGUUGUAACCUCCCGUGCCGCCCUCGCCACCCCCUUUUUACACCCCCCCGCUUCUCCUUCCUACGCUGCAACGUUGACGCGAUGACGAUACUUGACGGUUGAGCGGAUCGGUCAAUUAACCUGUUCACGUACGGAAACUAGUGUGUGAUUCUUUGAUAAUACGGAGGAAUAGAUGCAAGGAUAGAAAGAAGAAGAAAGGAAAUCGAUGUGAGAGUGAGUUUGGUGAGUGAAAUGCGGACGAUUGACCAAACGACGCAAACGGUCGGUGCAUGUAUUUAUGAUAUAUAAAUUGGAAACGUGGGUAAAAUCGUCGUAGUUUUCUUCGUUUGUUCAAAGUGUCAGAUCCGGAUAAGAGUAUCGUCAAAGUGUGUUUUUGUGGAAACUAACGACAGCAGCGCUCAGAGUCUGUCUGUCUUCUGUGUUUUUAAACGAAGAUCCUUAAAUCGUUAUUGAUAAAUAACAAUUAACAGCAACGGACAGUUCACACGUAUGGGCGAGGAAAUAAAUAAUAUAUGAAAUAAAGAAAGAAAAAGAAGUAAACAAGUGAAGUGAAAUAAAGAAGGAGCCUUCGCUCGUCUUUGUUCCUCGUUUCGUUCGAGGCGAGGUAAAUAAAUAGUUUUUGCCGCAGCCGCGCGUCGCGUGCCGAUCUUGGUUCGCCGUGUUUUCGGUCUCGCUGUGUUGUCGUUGUUGUUAUCACCGUCAAUUCGUACACGUGACAGCGCGAGGAACCUCGGGAGAGAACGAAGCUGCGAAUCGAAGUGAUACAUAAUCGUUUCUCACGGCGAAUAUCCGCCAGAAGGAGAAGGAAAUUAAAAAGAAAACUAUAACGAUAAGGAAGAGGGGAAAGUAAAGCAGCAGCGGCGGAAGCGGCGAGGAAGAAACGCGCGUUUUGCACCGUCUUUUACUACCCCCUCCUAGGGAUGUUUCCGUACACAACUUUCCCGGCCGUAGGGAGGCAGGUUACAUUUCUGCGGAUCGAAAGGCGUCGUAAGCGUCGUAAGAUGCCGCUGGACCGCGACGGGAAUCAAAAACUGGACCAUCGCUGACAGUCCUUACCUCCAACUCCCCCUCCAGCGCCGGCAUGGAAGCCAACGGUGCGAUUGAGCACGAUUUUCACAAUGCCCUGGUACCCAUAAACGGCAGCCAUUCGGGAAGCUCGGGAAGAAGUACGCCGAACGGCGGCGAUCCAGCACCCGGCAAACUAUUCGUCGGGGGUUUGUCGUGGCAAACGAGCAGCGAGAAGCUCAGAGAAUACUUCGGCAUGUUCGGCACUGUCACGGACGUGCUAAUCAUGAAGGAUCCCGUUACACAGAGGAGUCGAGGUUUCGGUUUCAUAACAUUCGCUGAGCCCGGCAGCGUCGACAAGGUGUUGAAGUGCCCGAUCCACACGCUCGACGGCAAGAAGAUCGACCCGAAACACGCGACGCCGAAGAACCGUGCCAAGCAGGCGAAUCGCACGAAGAAGAUAUUCGUCGGAGGAGUCAGCCAGGACACGAGCAGCGACGAGGUGAAGGCCUACUUCAACCAGUUCGGUAAGGUCGAGGAGACGGUGAUGCUGAUGGACCAGCAGACGAAGCGGCACAGGGGCUUCGGCUUCGUCACCUUCGAGAACGAGGACGUGGUCGACCGCGUCUGCGAGAUACACUUUCACACGAUAAAGAACAAGAAGGUCGAGUGCAAGAAGGCCCAGCCCAAGGAGGCGGUCCAGCCCGGGGCCCUGGCCCUCGGGAAACGCGUCGUCCUCGGCGCCCUCGGGGUCCGACUGGCACCCCAGCAGCCGCACCCCGUGGCGUCCCAGAUAGUCGCGGCCCAGGCCCAGGCCCAAGUUCAGGCCGCUGCGGCGGCCGCGGCCGCGGCCCAAGUUCAGAACGCGGUAGCCGGAUACGGAAAGCUUUUCGGCAGCUAUCCAGCGCUUUCCGCCUACAGAUACGCCCCCUACCCGAUACCGGGGGCCAUGGCCACCGCACCGCCACCGGCACCCGCACCCCAGGCGACACCGACGGCACCUGCGGCCCCAGGGAACCCCUACCAGGGAUACUCACUGACAAACGUCGACAUGUCCAGUUUCCAGGGAGUUGACUGGGGAUCGAUGUACGGCAUGGGGAUGUACGUCUAAGGGACAACGCGAGGGACGCGUUCAAACUACGCCGACCACUGUCGAGGUUCUUCUUACCGACCUUGUAGGGGACGCGGGGAUAUUUGUUGUUGAUAACUAACAACGAUGGAAACCCCCUGUGUAACUUCUUUACCUUGCCGAUAUUUUCACCUUGCGAAAUGGUAACCGAGUCGCUCUCUCUCUCUCUUUCUCUUUCUCUAUCUCUCCCUCUCUCUCUCCAUCCCUUUUUAUCUCUCUCUCUCUCUCUCUCUUUCUCUCUUACACAAUUUUUUCUUCUUUCUUCGGUUCAUUCGAUUUACGAUGAGGUAAUAUUUUCAACGAGGUUAAGUUCACGGUGAUUUGACCGGAUCUUUUACCUUAUGAAUACAUGGAACAAUGAGAUCUGGUGUGAUCCGCUUCCUCCAUGUACAGUACAACGUAAACGUUGCAGAAAUUUAUGAUUCAAGCUUUUCAUAGACAUUCCUAUAACCAGCACCAACAUCACCACCACCAUUACUAAUUACUACUGUUUUACCUCUGUGGUAAGUUGACUUUGAAGUUGGUACAUAGUUAAGGCGAGACGCGUUAUAGUAUUAUUUUUAUUUCUCGCUGCAUUGAUAAUAGCAUCGUAAUCUUCACGAGUAAAUCGACUUUUGGAUCGGAUCAUUUUUUUUUCUUUUCUCUCUUCGGCUGUAUGUUUUCUUUUUUGUUUUGUGAUUGCACUUCAUUUCGAUCAACGCUGCUCGAUCAUCUCGCCCAGCGAAUAGACAUGGAUAAAUGUGUACAUUCAAUGAAUGAAAUUUAAUUGGCGUGUUAGAGAGAGAGAGAGAGAGAGAGAGAGAGAAAGAGAGAGAGCGGGCGCUAUCGUCGCGGAGAAAACUCGUCGAAAAGGCAAGGUUUCGGUUAGUAAAAGAGAAAAGAAAAGUGAAAAUUGAAAAAAAAGAAACGUUAUGAAUGAAUAUUGAUAAAAAAAAAUCCAAGAUAAUUUGAUCUCACACACGUUAUAUUAUAUGUGUUACACAUACACUUACACACACUCACACACACACACUUGAAUAUACACGUACGCAAAUACACAUAUUCUAUCAUCACACGGAUAAUAAUUAUUAAAAUAACAUGUACGAUCCUUGAUCAAAGCCAAAAAUCGCAAGUGUGUGGUGUUAGGAAUUUUUUUUUUUCUCUUCCUCUUUUUUUUCAAACGAGGAAUACGAUGGAUGAAAGAAAUGGAAAAAAAAGAAAGAGAUUAAUUAUUUUAUUACUGUAAUCCUAUAGUAAAAUUAUCUAUUUUACACCGUUUCUUCUUAUAUCCUACUUUCAUCUAAUAUAUAUUUUAAUUUUUAUCGAUUUUUCUUUCAACGAGGCAGCUUACACACGUGUAUAACAUUUUCAAGUAUAUAAAGUGCGAUUAUCUAUCGACGGAAUGGUCCUUCGGCUACUGUAUUUUUAUGCGAGUGCGCUAAAAUUCAAUAGCGGUGCUUUGUCAGGGCGAGCAACAGUCAUAAAUUCAGAUGACAGCUCGCCGCGAUGUACGUAAUCUGAAAAAUUUUUGAAGUCACGUUCAUUACGGUUGGUCGCCCUGACAAACAACUUAUUUCGGAUUUUAGCGCAUGCGCAUUAAAGCGUAAAAGACGACGGACCAUUCUGUCGAUAGAUAAUCACUCUGUAUGCAAUUUUAUGGUUCAUGGCCCCCAACUGUAGCGCUCAGAUCGGUUGCCUCGAUGAAUAAUAACAAUAAUUGUAUAAUUAUUGGUUGAACGCAUUUUUCCAUUAUCGAGUUGUUGUUGUUUUUCACCUUUUCACCCUCUGAUACAAUUAUUACUAUAUUAGUCUACUAUGUCUACUUUUUUCUUUUUUUUUUGUCAUGAAUUCAAACUCAAUCCAGUCGUGUCACGUUUGCAUUCGGUUCCUAGUUAGUUACUCAAAUCGAUCAAUACUCGUUCGCGUAUAAAUUAAAUAAUUCGCGUUUAUAUAUUCUUAUAGAAUUUGUUGUUUUCUUUUCCCCCCUUCAAUGUUGAUAUACUAGCAUAUCCAAAUUCGGCAUUGUUAUUUGUACGACCUUUCAAGCAAUACAUAUAUCACGGUAUUAUUGUACGGAGAAGCUUGUCAAAUAUUGAUUGACUGUAUUUGUUUCUGGUUUUUGAUUUGUCAAAGUUUUCGCGUAAACUAUUAUCACAGGCGCGUGAUUUUUUGAUAUUUAUACAUAUGGUAAAAGUCAUUCGAGUAAUUAAUGACAAUAUUCUCUGCUCUCCACAAUUACAUAAGACUCGUAAACUACAAUAGAUACUAUGCAUACAAUACGUACAUGUACGGUAAAUAUGUGUAAUACAAUACAAUACAAUACUAAUGUUACUAAUACUAAUACUAAUACUAAUACUAAUACUACUACUCCUAUUACUGCUACUACUACUACUACUACUACUACUACUACUACCACUACUACUACCACUACUACUACUUACUACUAUUACUUACUACUCAAAUGAUGCUCCACUUAAAUUGGAUGAAGUAUGUAUACUUAACUUUUAACGACGCUAACAAUACUUAAAUAGCGGUUAAGAAAUUACAUAUAACAAUAAUAUUGAUAAUGUACUUUGAAAAGAUAAGGGUAGCUCAGUAAGUAAGUCGUUACUUAAAUUAUACGUACACGCAUACGCAAGUGAAUACAAAUAUGUACGUAAAUGCAUAAAGUUAUACGUGCGUUGUAUGUAUGUAUUUAUAUUCACGUAUAAACAAAUAAUUAAUUAUUAAUUAUGUUAAUAUGCGUAUAUAUAAAUACGAUAAAUUAGAUAUCUCGUGAUGUUAAGAAUUUAAGGUUACAAAUUUAACGUUUUAAAAGUAUUUGAAAAAAGACUCGAGUCAUAGAUGAAGCAAACGAAACAAAGCAAACCAAUAUAAAAAUAAAGAAAAUUUAAAAAAAAAAAAAAACAAAAAAAAAAAUAAAGAAGAGAAGAUUAAUUUCAAAGAAAAAGAAAAACUAAACUGAAAAUGCAAAUGAAACAGGAGAGAAAGAGCGGUGAGAGAGAUGCAGAGAGGUAUCAAAGGGUGCAGGCGCAUUUAAUAAUGCGACGGACGAAUAAUGAAGUAUUAAGCACACUUACUUGAAAACGAAAGGAUGAAAGAUGAAACACGAAAAAAAUAAAUAAAUACGGAUGGAAAUUUCGAGCAAUAAGUGAUUACUCAACUAUACUUAACAAUAAUUAAAAAUAAUAAUAAUUAUAACAACAAUAAUAAUAAUAGUAAUAAUUAUAACAAUAAUAAUAAUAGUAGUAAUAAUAAUAAUGAUGAUGAUGAUGAUGAUGAUGAUGAUGAUGAUGAUGAUGAUGACGAUAAAUAUCGCUUAAACAUUUGAAGGAGAGUGAAGAAAAUGAAAAUGCGAAAAAAAUUAAAUCGAAACAGAAUUAUCCUGUUGAACCAUAAGUAAUAAUUAUCUAUAGUGAUAUACGUGCGAGUGAUAAAUACGUGAGAUGAUUAUAUUGUAUAAUGCAACAUAAUUAUAAUUGUAAUUAAUCAAUCAAUUAUCCACCGCUGACGCGUAAAUGACAUUUCUUCUUGUCUAAUUUGUUUUUCUUAUUACCAUCGACAAUACGCGACGACGCGGACGCGGCCGACGGCAACGGCGGUAGUAUUAUACACAUAGUUAUUAUUAACUAUGUAUCAUUAUAUUCGAUACGAUAAAUGUUUAACGAUAAAAAUUACUACGAAUAAUUUGCGUGCUCUGUUGGAAGUGAUUCGGAAGCGCGUAGUAAUAUUAUUAGAUUUUAGAGAUGAAUGAGAAAUGCGGAGAAAAACUUGGAUGAAAGGAAAAACGGUAAAGGAUCGAAGAAAAAAAGAAAUAAUUAACAAUAACGGUACGGUAACGAGACGUGUAAUAUAUCGCAUCGCCCGCAGCCCAUGAUACAUUUAUUCUAUCGUAAAAACUUAAUAAUAUACGUAUAGGUAUACAAUAUACAUACACACCACCACGUAUUAUGAGGUUUCUUGUCGCAUUUAUUAUAUACAUUUUAAUUAAACAUAAAUAAAUAUUGUAAUAGCCCAGAGGUUGACAAGAAAUAACACAGGAUGAGAGCAAGAAUUGUAAGAAACGAAAAACGAAAAACACACACAUUUGACACACG